AUGCCUCUCCCCAAAGCCGAAGAUCUUGAACAGCUCGAAGACAUUGAAAAGCAAUGGGCUGUCAAGGCUAUGCACCAUGCCGAGACAUACUUCAAGUUGAUCACCAGUGUGGAUAUGCGUAAAUUCCCUCUCACAAAGAUCGACGACGAGAUCUAUGAGGAUUUUGAAGCUACUUUUCCCGAGAUUGAUGUCAAGCACCUUAACGACGAGCAUUUCAAGACCCCCAAGGCCAAGGAGAAAUGGAGAAACUGGGUCAACAAGUACGAGAAGCGUGUCAACGAAUUCAACUUUGGCAGUUUGAUCCGUAUUGAUUAUCGCGAGGAUUACUUGGAACAAAACACCAUGUUUGGUGUGCGUAUGCAGUUUUAUGCUAUCGAGAUUGCUCGCAACAAGAAGGGUCUCAAUGAAGAAUUGCGCCAGAGUCUCAAGGCAUCAUCCUAG